UAGAUCAUAGCGUGUAUGUCUGUCGGUUUGACCGAGAAUUCGUACGGCAAUAACUGUUGUAAUCGUCAGACGCCAUUUUGUGCCUCGUUUCGCUGUAGAGCGUCACGAAAGUUUCAUCCUUUUUAUUUUAAUUUAAUUUCGCCAAAACGUCGCAAUUACAUAAAAUGGUGUCUUCUAAUCAACCGAAACUACAGGAAAUACAUAUAAGGAAAUUAUACAUAAAUCCACUGUUCUCUAAUAAAAUGAUUAUUGAGCACCAUUAAUACAGAUGGAGAAAAACAAAAAUAUUUGUGGGGCGGUUGCCAGAAAAUUGUCGCAACGAUGAGUUGCGACAAUUAUUUUUACGCUUCGGCGAGGUGACGGAAUGUGACGUUAUGAAUCGAUACGGCUUUGUACACAUGGCACGAGAGGAGGAUGCAGCUGCAGCUAUCAAGGCGCUCCACAAUUCCAACUUCAAGGGGGCAACCAUCAACGUGGAGCAGUCAACUGGGAAGUCACGCGGAGGCGGUGGAGGACGCAGGGAUGGAGACAGAAGAGGCGGACCAAUGAGAGGUGGUAGAGGAGGACGAGACGGUGGUAGAGACGCUCGUCCUGGACCAUACAAUGAUAGAAGAGUUCUUCCGAUCCAACUCGUUGGUUACGAUGGAUCUGCUGCAGGUGGCGUCGCAGCUGGCUAUACCGAUUACAAUCGUGGUGCUGGGGACUUUAGUGGACGAGGGACUGACUUUGGCACUGGGUAUACCGACCGUGGAGCAUAUGGCCAGAACGUGGGAACUGCUGCGAUGGGAUAUACCUCAACGGCGCCAGGGAUGGGUGGAGGCUAUGGACCUGCUGCUGCUGUAGGAGGAUAUGGCCCAACGGGAACGGCUGAUUAUGGCAGGACUGCUGAUUAUACCCGUGCUGCAGAUUUUGGAGCGAGAACAGAUUAUGUAGUUGGAGCUGGUAUGGCAGGUGAUUUUAACCGUGGUGCACCAGGUCCGGUUGAUUAUGGUCGUACGGAUAAUUUCGGCGCAAGUCGCACAGUUGAUUACACAGCUAGAAAUGAUUAUGAUCGCGCUGCGACCGGACCAAUGAGAAAUGGCGGUGCUGCCGUUGCCACAACAGGAUAUGGUACUGGAUACACUGAUGUUGGAUAUGAUGAGAGUCAUUGGCCAAUGAGUACUGGUCCCAGCUACAGUACCGGUGCUCCCAGUUAUAACACUGGUCCUGGACCACAAGCAGAUAUGUUUAGUAGAAGACCUGGUAGCGCUGUUCCCAGUGGUGGAUACCCACCUGUUGGUGGAGGCUAUACCGAAGGAUAUGACAGACCUGAUGCAUACGGACCUCCUCCACGUGGCGGCGGCCGCUUCCCAGGUCCGGCAGAUGCGAUGCCACCGAGUGGUGGCCACUCGCACGGACUCGAAUACCUAGGAACUGCCCUAUGUCCGACACAGAGUCCAUACAAUUACGAUGAUACUAUGUGUAACUUAUGAUAGACCUAACGUUUAACGUAUAACUCUUAAGGUGUGGUAAGAAUGAGAAAUAUCAUGGGUGAUGUAAAUUAUUCAAUAUAAAACAAAAAAAAAAAGAAAGAAAGAUAACAUUAUAUGGUAAUCUCUCAUAUGGAAACAAAGAGAAAGAGUACUAGGAAUAGCGACACACAACACAUAGACACACACAUUAUACAUAUACGACACAUAUAGUAAACUACAUUUGAUAUGAUA